GUCAAAUUCAAGAUGGAUGGAAUCACGGCAGUGGCGGCGGCGCGCACGGGUGAAUCGUAAAGGGAGGCACCAAGGGGGGAAGAAAAGGGAUACUCGUCCGGGGUGAAAAGGAUUAUCUGAGACACAAACUUCAAAAUAAUUGCAAAUCAGAAUGUAAAGGAAAUUCUGAGCUUAAAAUUUGUCACUUCAAAUUUUGAGAAAACUAAAAGCAACUUCUGUGGUAAACCUAAAUCAUGGAGGGUCUCCUACAUUAUAUAAACCCUGCACAUGCUAUCUCUCUCUUAAGUGCUUUAAAUGAGAAACGUCUAAAAGGACAACUCUGUGAUGUUGUUCUUAUAGUGGGAGACCAAAAGUUCAGAGCUCAUAAAAAUGUUCUGGCUGCCAGCAGUGAAUAUUUUCAGACUCUGUUCACUAAAGAAAAUGAGACUCAAUCAGUGUUUCAGCUUGACUUCUGUGAACCAGAUACUUUUGAUAAUGUGUUAAACUACAUUUACUCAUCCUCCUUGUUUGUGGAGAAAAGCAACCUUGCAGCUGUGCAAGAAGUGGGAUACAGUCUUGGAAUUUCUUUUCUUACUAACAUUGUUUCUAAAAGCCCUCAAGCUCCUUUGCCUGCAUGCCCCAUUAAGAAAAUUACUGUCCAUGAGGAAGAUGAAAGCACAUCUCAGAAACGAAGUGUCAUUGUCUGUCAGAGCAAAAAAGAGGGGGGAAAUGUUGGUCAUACUCCUCAUGAAUUAAGCCAUAGUUAUAAACUCUCAUCUUCAGUUGCCAUCAAAACUAAGCAGCCACAAGUAACACAGUCAACUGAGUUUCUCAACAGUUUACCAUUAAAUGAAAAGAAAUGGUUGAAAGACAGUUUUUUAAGAUACUCCAGGUGCCAUGAAAAUUCAGAUGCACUGGAUGACCAAACUGGAACUAAAAGGAAUGCAAUAUUAUCACAUAAACCUUUUCCAGACAAAGAAGUGACAGCAAUUGAACCAAGAGGGUUGGCUGAAGUGCCUUUGAAAAGGCCAUGUCCACCAGUCGUAUCUGUAUGCAGUUCUUCAGAAUCUACAUUUUUGUUGAGAGAGACAGUGAAAGGAGCUGCUCCAGGAGAAGAUAGAAAUUUGCUAUACUAUUCAAAGUUAGGGUUAGUAAUUCCGUCUAGAGUACCUGAAAACCAAAGUAUUGACCGGAGUGGACCACUUGUAAAAAGUCUCCUUAGAAGGUCAUUGUCCAUGGAUAGUCAGGUUCCUGUUUAUUCAUCUUCUGUUGACCUGAACCCUUCACUUGUUUCGUCAGCAAUCAACAACACACAAGGGAGAACAUUAAACAUAAUAUCCCCAAAGCCAUCCAUGAAAGAGUCUUCAGAAAAGGAAGUUGCUGAUAACAAGACGCAGGUAAUUCACCCACAUCGCCUUAGGUCUUUUAGUGCCUCCCAGUCAACAGACAGGGAGAUAACAUCACCUCCUUUUAGAGAAAUACGGAUAAAAACUGAGCCUAGUAGCCCUCUUUCUGAUCCUUCUGAAAUCAUAAGAGUUACAGUGGGGGAUACCUCUUCUGCCAAUAAAAGUCAUUCUUUUAAAAUUGAAGACGACCAUAGUGAUUUGAGUAGACUUCCUGCUAAAAGAAGAUUUCAAGCAGACAGAAGGCUUCCAAUUAAAAAAAUUAAAGUGGAUGAACAUUCUUCCCCUGGGUCAGAGAAUUUUGAGGAAAACUCAAAUCCUGCACCUCUUGACACUGACUUCCCAGAUUCUGGCAUUAGCAAAGAUGAAUUUGGUGAAUUUGAAGAAACCAAGCCUAAUAAAAAGUUUAAGUGCAAACACUGCCUUAAGAUUUUCAGGUCAACUGCAGGCCUUCAUCGUCAUGUCAAUAUGUACCACAAUCCUGAAAAACCUUACGCUUGUGAUAUUUGUCAUAAGAGAUUUCACACAAACUUCAAAGUUUGGACGCAUUGCCAAACACAGCAUGGAAUUGUGAAGAACCCCUCACCUGCUUCCAGUUCACAUGCUGUCUUGGAUGAAAAAUUCCAAAGGAAGUUAAUUGAUAUAGUGAGAGAGCGAGAGAUUAAAAAGGCUCUGAUUGUUAAACUGAGACGUGGCAAGCAAGGUUUCCAGGGACAGGCUACUUCACAAGCACAACAAGUCAUCAAAAGAAACCUUAGGUCAAGAACCAGAGGGGCUUACAUUUGUACCUACUGUGGGAAAGCUUAUCGCUUCCUGUCGCAAUUUAAGCAGCACAUAAAAAUGCAUCCAGGGGAAAAAACAGUUGGAGCAAAUAAGGUUCUCAAACCAAAAGAGGAUAUUCAUAUUGAAGACCCAGUAGAAAACAAAAAAGUUUACCAGUGUCGUCUUUGUAAUGCUAAGCUGUCCUCUCUUAUUGAACAGGGGAAUCAUGAGCGGCUCUGUCGGAAUGCCACAGUUUGCCCUUACUGCAGCCUUCGAUUUUCCUCUCUGGAGCUGAAACACAACCACGAAAUUGCAUGUGAGUACAAGAAGCUCACUUGCUUAGAGUGUAUGCGCACUUUUAAAUCCUCUUUUAGCAUUUGGCGUCAUCAGGUUGAAGUUCACAAUCAGAAUACCAUGGCUCCAAUUGAGGAUUUUUCUUUACCCGUUCUGGAACACAACGGUGAAGUUAGUAGUACUUCCAGAUUGCAUUCUCAGUCGGAGCCUAACAAGAUGGACAAUUUUGUCACCACCAAAGAAGACAGUGUAUUCAGUGAUUCUUCAGAACAAAUUAAUUUUGAUUCAGAAGAUUCCUCCUGUCUGCCUGAAGAUCUAAGUGUCUCCAAGCAGUUUAAAAUUCAGAUCAAAGAAGAACCUGCAGAUGAUAUGGAGGAGGAGGUGGUUACUGAAGCCAACCGGGAAUCCAAGGGAACAACUGCUAAUAAAGACACUGGUUUAUGGCCUUGUGAAAAAUGUGGGAAAAUCUUUACUGUACACAAGCAGCUAGAACGUCACCAAGAGCUUUUGUGCUCUGUGAAGCCCUUUAUUUGCCAUGUGUGUAACAAGGCAUUCCGAACCAACUUUCGACUGUGGAGUCACUUCCAGUCCCAUAUGGCACAACCUACUGAGGAACCUGUGCGCAAAGAUCCGGACAUGUGUGCACCAGUUAAUUCUCCAUCACCACCACCUUUGCCUCCUCCCCCGCCACUUCCACAAAUACAGCCUUUGGAACCUGAUAGCCCUACAGGCUUGUCAGAAACCCCUUCGGCGAAUGAGAAAUUAUUUGUUCCACAAGAAUCGGACACACUCUUCUAUCACGCUCCACCACUUUCAGCCAUCACAUUCAAAAGACAGUAUAUGUGCAAACUUUGCCACAGGACAUUUAAAACAGCAUUUAGUCUUUGGAGUCAUGAACAAACACACAACUAGAAACAUAAAGAAUGCUGACAAAAAGUUUUUAAGAUCUCUUAAAUUACCAUAAUAUUUCUGAAGUUAUACAAUUUAAAUGAAAGUAUCUCUCUCUCUCUCUCUCUCGCUCGCUCUCUAUAUAUGAAGGGACAGGAACACUCAACAAUUAGAAAUUUAUGAUGCUGCUGUGGAUGUGAAGAUUAAGGUAAACUACAUUGUUGUUAGUAAAGCAAAUUGCUCAUGUUUCUGGGUAUUGUGUUCCAAGGUCUUCUAGUAACAGAAUAAUUAAGUAAAAUCUGAUUACAUCUUCCUCAUCCUAUUAUCCUGGUACACUGGUAUAUUCAUAUAGAGAGCAAUUUAAGAGUUCAGAGUAAUGACAUCCUACAACUAGUUUAUGGUUUUUACUGAAAAUAGUGCUUUCGUGAAUUCCAUAUAAAAAUCAUACAUUGUUAAGUGGGGAAAUUUAGUACCUUGCUAUGUGGACUUAGUUAUUAUUAAACAUUAGCAAUAACAAAUAAAACCUCAAAUUUGAAUUAACUUGACCCUAACUGAAAACUUUGAUAAUUGUUAAAUAAGGAUGGAGUUUUUGUUACCGAAUUUUUCUCUAUGGAAGUUGUGCAAGAUACAGUACAAUCUAAAGUUAGCAAUAUGUGAAUACGUGGAUUUUUAUAUACAAAGUAGCCGAAAGCCUGCCUCCAGCCACUUAAAAGAGUUUUUAAAGGAAGAGUAUCAGAAAAAAGUUACACUGCUUUAUUUAAUAUCUGACAGGCUAAUAUUCUAUAAAUAUUUUGGUAACUAGAGUUAUUGUAAUAAAGGAGCAACAAGUUGUGUAUCUUAACACAAACUUUACUGUCUUUUAAGUAUCAAAACAGGAUUGCGUGGAUUCCAAAAAUUAAGUUGUACUUGGUUUAUUUUGAUUUGUAUUGGUGUGGAUGUGAUUUAUUAAGUGGAAUGUAUGAAUAUGCUAGUUUUUGAAAAACAGGAGCAACUACAAUUCCCUUAGGUGAACGUGGCAAGCCCUGCCAUGACUACAGGAAUAUUUUGACAAAAUUUUUUUACAUAUGUAUAAGCAAAUAAAAUAAAAAUUCAAAAUAUCCGUUAAAUAUACCUCCUUCAAAUUGGAGGGGUAAAUGUGAUACAACAAAUGUUGGAUUUCAUAAAUAUUGUACCUGCAGUGAGCAGAAUAUUUUUUUCUAACCUGUAUGUCAUAUAUUAGGCAUUUUAUUUUGUACAUCUGUUUCUAAAGGAGUAACAGAACCACAGUCCAACUUUAGAGUUAUGAAUUAAACUUUUGGAUUUUGUUGGUCUUAAAUAUGGUUAACUUGUUGGAUUGCAGUUGUAGACUACCAUAGUACCCUGUUAAGAGCAUCUAAAUCCCAUUCACUCUAGGCAACUUGCACACCUGCAAUUGUGUGCCUGUUAUAGACAUACGCAUUUUUCAAAGAGCUGUGGGUACUCAGGUGUGUGCAUAACUGCAAUCCAAGGGGAGGAACUGAAACUGUAUUAGAAGCGGUGGAGGAGAUGCGCAGGCCCAUGCCAACAGCUCCUUGCAAAGUGGCACAGAUGCAGGACAGAGAGACCCUGGUGAUGGGGCACGAUGGCAGAGCCAACUUUAAGCCUGCCCCCAGGAUGCCCCCUACAUCAGCAGCCGACUUAUACCACCAAAAAGUGUGGUAUAAGUCAAUCUUCCCAGUGGUAUUUUUCAGGCAGCUGGGAUUUUUUCUGUUUUCCCCCCUUUCCCAUGCCAUCUAAAACUCUAUCAGAGAUGGCACAAAUGUGGUGCUACGGUGCUGUUCCUAGCUGCCAUUCUACCACUCCCCAGUUUUGACUGGGCUGCCCAUCUUCUGCACAUAGAGGGUAAUCCAGGAUUGUUUUUUAACCACUGGUGGAAUUGUGUAUAUCUGUGGGUACUCUUGUAUUUGGAAAAGUCAAAUGGACGGGCUGCCAGGUUCUAACAGGUUUUAGAGGCAGGCUUUUUCCCUUGAAAUUGAAAAGUAGAUUCAUUAAUAUAGGUGUCCUCCAGGAAGCACUAAGAGGAUGUUUUCUAAUUAGGAGUUCUAGAUUAAAACUAGUUCAUUCCUAGCUUUAGGGACCUUCUAACCAAAAGGAGUGGGACAUACAAGGAGGAGGAAUUAAAAAAAAUUGUUUCCACCUCACUCUUUAAUGAGUAUUUAACUGUGUAGACCUCAUGCAAAAAGGGAAGAAGUGAUUUCUGCUGAUUUUUACUCUUAAGGUAAAGUCCAUAUGUGCUGCAUCCCACAGUGUCCUUGAAGCUCCCUCAGGGGAAAUCAUUCCAACGAAUUCAUUCCUGUCAUUGAAUCCAACCCUCUGUUUGCAAGGACUUCUGCAUGUAGUAAUGCUCCCAUAAAAUUCUUUCAUAGAAAGUCGUUGUUUCUGCCUUUAUAUACUUCGGUCUUCUCAGUGCCUUUUCUAAAAAACAGGUCCUGACUUCUGCUGUAUCAGAAGCCAUUGCCAAAAGGUGAAUUUUAAAAACAGUUUCUGAUACAGCAUGAGGAACUCCUGUUCAGAAAAAAAGUAUACUACCAUAUGUGUUCACCUUAUGCUGUUUAAGAUUAUGACCCCAGUAUUCAGGAACAAGAUUUGACAGGCAUGGCAUGGCUUUCAUGUAGUAUACAAAAUCGAGCGCUAAAAGUAAAAAUGAGGCCUAUCAACACAGAUCACAAAAUCAUUUCAGUGAAGGCAACUGAGGGAGAAAUUGUUUUAUUCAACAGGGUUUAUUCCUAGGAAAGUUUUCGUAGGACUCCACUGUUAGUUUAGAAAUGUCUAGCUUUAUAGAUCUGAUACUGUGUGGUAAGGGUCACAUCAGUUAUGAUGAAGGAGAACAGUGGUAAAUUUCCAAAUGUUUUGAUUUUUAUUUAAAAGCAGUUUGCUGAGGGCUAGAAAAUAGACCAAAACAGUGGCACUGGUGGGAGUGAUUAAGCACCGCCUGCCCCCCCAAGUGUUUCCCUUUCCCCUCUUGAAAUUUCACCCUUCUUUCUCUUUAGUCUCACCAGGAAAAAAUUACAGGUAGGGUUAGCAAACACCUAGACCAUUGAUUUCAUCAGUGCAUUAUAAGCAAAUGAGUAAUUUUCAAAGGACUUCAUAGCAACCAACCUAAAAUGCUUGCCCAAACAAGGCAUUUUGAUGUUUUAUCCUUUCCCUAGCAGCUGAAUGUGUUUAAAACAUGUGUAAUGUUGUAUUAUGUUUAGAAAGGCAUUUGUCAUUGGAAUUAAGUUUGUGCACAGUCUUUAAACAAUUACGUAUUUUUAUUGUCAGGCAAAGCCAAUCACUUUUUUGAAAAAUUCUGAGCCAUAGCAAGUAAAAGUACUAGUUAAUCUUGAAUCUCAAAAUAAAAUGAAAUCAUGACAACAGUAUGAAUGUAAUUCAUUCUGCUUGUUUAAAUAGGAUGCAUCCACCACAGUGUAGAUAUAUUAACAUUUUUUCUUUUGAGCAUAACUCAAGUGUUCCAUUGUAUAGUUUAGAAAGGUUGCAGUUGGUAUCUCUCUGAUUCACACAGUGCCUGUCUCCACCAGUUUUCCUAUAUGUGUCAUGAGAUGGCUAAUGUAAUCUACCUGAAUGCAUGGCAAGCAGGUCUUUAGUUGGAAAACUUCCUGAACUCAGUGGAAUGGAGUUCACAUCCUAUAGAACAGCCAGUAUUUUGUCUACUAGGACUGCUGUGCAUGUGUCAGCUGUAAGCUAGAGAAAGUUUUAAUAGGUAAACCUUUUUCCAAGCAUUGACUUAAGGAUGCUGGAAAUUAUUGUUAACGUUUUGCCUGUAAGCUUGUCCACAAAAGUUCCACUCCAACCUGGUAAUCAUGCCUUCCUAACUAAAUACUUCACUAAUUUUAUUGUUAGGCAGAAUGUAUAAGUUUCAACAUGAGUAUUCAAUGAAAUAUUAGGGUAAAGUAAGAUGAUAAAUCAUAAAUACCAGGUUUUAAAAACUGUUCAUUUUUUUUCAAAGUAGGGCUCUUUCUAAAAAGUAAUAUAUGCCAAACAAUAUUUUUUGUUCAUUUCUAACAUUAAGAUUUUUUUUCUUUUAGCUCCUUGUUAGCUAAGAGAAAAAUAUAUCUAUAUCCUUGGAGCUCAAUUUUUUGGUAAAACUAUAGAUGGGUUUCCUUCUGGCUUUAUAUUAAGUACUUUUUAAAGCCUUAAGAGUGUUUAUUUUAGAGGACAUAAAAGAUGCUUCCACAUCUGAAAGAUUAAUAUAUGUUUUAAAAGUUAUAGAUUAUGGGAAAAGGUUAAUUAUAUACAUAAAAUCGUGUUGCAGGAAUAUAUUUAGUUAAGCCAUAAUAAAAAUAAAAUGGAAAUUAUUAAUUUUGUUGUUAUCAUGCUUAAUAUUGCACUUGUUCGAUCAUAAAAAUACAGUGUUCUCUGCUUAAGGGAGAAAAACUUUGAUUGCUUGAUUCUCUAUUUUUUAAUGAAAUUUCCUGUUUUGUUAUGAGAAAAAUAUGCAGGUUUUAAAUAGAUAGUUUACAGUCUUUAGGUCUGUUAAAUUGAACAAAAUCAAUUUCUAUCAUAGAUUGUCACUUAGGGGAAGUUCACAUUGGUAUAAUUUAUUAUUUUAUUUAUAUUUAUUUUAUUUAUAUCCUGCCCUUGCCUUACCUAGGCGACUGAAAAUUGAAAUGAGUCAGAUAAAACAACUUCAGUAUUGUUCCUUCAAAGCUUAAUCAACAUACACAUGAACACUUAACAGUGAAAUCAAAGUGUUCUAUUAAGAGUUUCGCUGAACUCUUAUUUAUCUGAAAGGAAAGCUAUUUUUUUUCUACAUGUGCUAUCAAGAAAAAGACGGACUGUCCUAAAUUCACAUACAAGUUGCAGUUACAUACAGUAGUAAUAACUUUUUAAAAACCCUUUUGGUUCAUCUUCCUAUUGGGUAAAUAUGAUAAAUCUGUCUUAAGAGCAAUGGAAAUAGUUGAAUAAAUAACCAUAAAGGGACACUUAUUAAAAAGGACUACAGAUAUAGUUAGAUUAUAGAUACCAAAAUAUGCCAAGGAGAUAGUUUAUAUGAAUAUUUCCUUAAAAUACACUUUUCAUUUAUAAGAUUUUGAUUUUAUGUUAAAUAUAUUUUUAAUUUCACCAUGCUUCCGAGGAACUUGGGACAGUGUACAUCAUUCAUACCAUGUCUGCAAAACAACUCUAGAGAGGACACCAGGGACCUUCACAGAUGUGGAUAUUUAGAAUCCAAGUCUUUUCUAUCCUAGUCUGACACGUGACCAUUUGUUCCAGAAUAGUUCUGAUUUCUUUUAGAGAAGAAUUUCAGAGUGAUCAGCAUAUUACAGUUUGAUUCAGGAACACACACGGGUGACCUUUUCUUUGUUCACUCUUGCAUUUACACUACUUCAAAUUUUAUCACUUCUACUUUUCUCGGCAUGAAAGAGAUUCUUGGGCAGAACCCAUGGCUUUCCAAAUUUAUGGUGCUAUGUCACUGUCUAAUCUGGGGCUGGGCUACCUAAUGGUGCCCAUUCACUGAAUAAUUCCCAAUUUAUCAGAGGCUGCCAACAAGCACAUGAAAAACAGGAAAAAACAGAAUAUAAUUCUUAGGCUGGAGAUAUGUUCUAGUUUUUUAUUGAAAGUAAUAAGGUGACCUAUCAUUGCGUAUGAACUCUUCUUGUUCCCCUCAGUCAUCUCUGUUUUAAAUAGUUCAUGCAGCCUUUGGAAGCCUUGGCUGAGAGGUGAGAUAAAAAAAUUAAUUUCAGGUUUCUGAAAUCCUAAAAAUAUUCCCAGAUAUUGUUGGGAAGAAUUGCCAUAGGCAACAGUACCUCCAUCAGGGUGGCAAAAACAUUCUUCUUGCUGUAAUCCCAUACCAUUUGCAGUUACAGAACAGUCACAGUACGUGUACAUAUAGGGGUCAUGGCAAUGUUUACAUUGUCUUGCCCAAAUAUUAGAAUUAAAUUAGAACAUAUUUUCAUGAUGCAGUAGUUAGUUCAUCACUGCUGAAAACAGAUGUAGAGCUUUAUCAGUCCAGUCUGUCUUUUUUUAAAGUCAUAUGUUCUUAACUAAAACAACUUUGCACUGUUUAAUUUUCCCUAAUAAAGAACAUUCAAAAUGUGCAGGCUGUAAGCUCCAUCAGUGGGUUACUGUUGCUGCUUUAUAUGAUAGAAAAUGGCUAAAAUUAUUACCUUCCUAUGAUAAUAAAAUUAAUUUUAGUAUAAGAUUCAUACAUUUCAAUAGAAUUCUAAAUAUACUUAUAAUUGCAACUUUAGCACUUACUGGGCAGUCAGUUAAAAAAUAAGUUGUGGACCUUUGAUAUCUCUGGAAUCUAAGUUGUGUUGAUUAGCAUCACAACUAUAAAACGAAAGGGGGGGGGGAGGAAUUCUUGGCACUGAAAUGGUUAUAUGAACAACCAGUUACCUUUUUAUUGGUUGUGAAAUGGUACCCUUUCUAAAGGUAACGUCUAAAUGUUUUUUUAAGUAAAAGUAAAAUACUGCAAUUGUAAAGCCCAACUGUCUUUAUAGUAUUCCUUUUACAAAAAGAUUUAAAAUAAAGUUUGUAUUUUAGCUGCUUUAAAGUAACCAUUGACGCCAUACAACAAACACUAUUCAAGUUCUAUUGAAGUUGCUUCUGAUUUUAAGAGAGUCUGUUUUUAUAAUCCUGUCUAUCCUGUACUCUUUAUAUACUGGUUUAAUACAGCUGUGUUGAAUUAAGUAGGAAUCCAACUAACUUUUUAGGACUGAGAAUUCAUAGUUUCACAACUCUUCUUGUAAUGUAAUGUUGCUGCUUUGUAUUACUUUUCUACAGUAUGUUUUCUUUACCUAGAUCUUUUAAGAAAGUUUGGAGUAAAAAUAAACUUGUUUCUGUUUAGUGAUUAUGUCUUGUCUAGGGAUCUGAUAUGAUGCCAGUGCACUUAUCUUUAUUUACAAAUAAAUCAUUCCUUUUGAUUUCA